GGACCGGGGCCGGGGGAGGGCAGAGCCCGCCCGCCCCGCCGGGAUUGAGCCGGGAGCCGCGCUGGGGACGGCACCGAAGCACGAUGCGGGCACCGCUGCUGCUGCCGCUGCUGCUGCUCGGUGUCAGCUCUCAGGAUGAUGCAAAUCCACCUCCUCCAAGCACAGGAGCAACUGGGCCGAUCCUCACGACUACAGGCACCACGAAGAUGCAAGAGACCACCCCUGCCAGCAAAUCAGGAAGCUCACCACACACCCCUACGCCAUCACCCACCCCAGCUCAAGAGCCCACCACUACAAGCAAGCCAGGAAACCCAACACACGCCUCUGUGAUAUCACCCACCACAGUUUCAGCGACCACCCCUGUAAGCAACCCAGGAAACCUAUCACCCACCCUUGCGAUGUCUCCCCCUUCACUUCAAGGGGCCACCCCAACAAACAACUUGGUAAACCCAGCACUCUUUUCUACAACAUCAAUUCAAGCAUCUCAGCAGGUCAGUUCUUCAACCAGCUCCACAGCCUCAACAGCCGCCCCUGCUGCCACCUCCAGUAUCACACAGCAGAUCAGCCCUGCAGCCAGCUUGGGGAGCUCAGCACCCACCACUGCUGCAAGUCCUGUCCUCACACACAUGAGCAGCUCUGUAGCCUCUACAGGGAGUAUAGAAAGUGCUGUUGCAUCAUCUCCCAGUGUGAAAGAUCAGGGAAGCCAGCUUUCGGUCCAGGUGACCACCAUCACUGUGAGCACCAGGGUCCCAGGGAGCAUCCCUUCCCCUGGGCUCAAGGACUACGGUGUCCCUUCCUCCACAUCUCUUACCAAACAGCCUCACUCUUCUGCCAGUUCUCCAGGCCAGGGACUGGCCUUUUCCACCAGUCCUGGAAGCAUCAGCAUUUCUGUUCCCCCUUUUGGUGCAUCCACGUCCCCCACCACUAGUAAAGCAUCUCUGACUUCACCAUCCGGCAGCAUCGACAAGGUCUCGGAGGCAGCCACCACACCGACUCCUGCAGCAGACCAGAGAAGUCAUCCAUCAACCAAGCCUGCAAGUGCUGACCAGAGCCCUGCCAGUGCACAGCCAUCAUCCCCAUCCCUGGGGGACCAGACAGCGAGCUGCAGUCCUGGCCACCAGCACCCUAACAUUUCAUUCCAAAAUGAGGUCAUCUGUAAAGACCAAGUGCAAAAUACUUGGCCCACCAUGUACCUGAAAGAAGCUAAAACCUGUGAGGAGUGGAGAGCCGCCAGCACCAACGUGUCCUUCUUUGAGAGCUUCUGCUCCACGGCCCAGCACAUGUUCAAUGCCAGCAGGGAGACGUGCACGGUGACACUGAGCGCGCGCGAGCCCCGCUCCCAGCACUGGGCUGUGCACGCAGUCAUACACAUCCCUUUGGACCCUGAAAAAGUCCUCGAGGAGCUGAAGGAGAAGAAGGACAAGUUAGAGGAGCUCGGCAUCGCCAACAUCACCUAUGACAGAAUGGAGAGGGAGAUGGUCAUCACCGAUGAGUUCAGCACGCCCCUGAUCAUCACCAUCGUCACCCUGGCUGGCUCCCUAUUGCUGAUCGCUGCCAUCUACGGCUGCUGCCACCAGCGCUUCUCCCAAAAGAAGGACCAGCACAUCCACCCUGAUCUCCCCGGGUUUGAUGAUGGACAUGUGGCCCUGAUCUUUAAUCGCCUGACCGAGGAGCUGCAGACCAUGGAGAAUGGGUACCACGACAACCCCACGCUGGAGGUGAUGGAGACCUCCUCCGAGAUGCAGGAGAAGAAGGUGAACCUCAACGGGGAGCUGGGGGACAGCUGGAUCGUGCCUCUCGACACGCUAAUGAAGGAGGACCUGGAGGAAGAGGAGGACACGCAUCUAUAGGAUGCAGAACUCGAGCAAGCAGACAACCAACCACCAACCCCCCCAAAAGAAGCCCACAAUUCCUACAUGCACGCACACACACAACUCCAAAACAAGGCGGAAUUCCCAAUAAACCUCAUAAAAAUCCACUCAUGAACUCAUCAUGGCCCCUUGUGCCAUGGAAGAAGAAGGGACACGAGAAGACACCUCUGGGGCGCAUCGUCAACACAAGCCACUGUGGUGGCCACAUCUGGACAAGCAUCUCCAUCACCUGUGGGUGCUCAGCAGGACCUCCCACACCAGGCAUGGGCUCACGGGGUGGCUUUGCUCCAGGAGAGCUGCUGGUGUCUCCUCCAAGCGUGUCCCCUCCCAUCCCAUGUCCAACCACACCAACUGCAUCCUCCAGCUACCGAAUCACUCAGAGAUGAAGAGAAAUAGAUGUCAAUAGGGUGGGAGAGGGAGCACAUGUCCCAAGAGCAAGUAGAGCUAGGCAGUCCUCCAGCCCAUGCCGUUUAGUUGUCACUUUGCCCUCCCAACACCCAGGUAUCGAGUAUAGAUCAGCCUGUUCCUUGAGUUUUAAUCCGGUUUCCAUCCUCUCCCCAUAAACUGCCGGCUGAAACGCACAAGAGCCUGAGUUGUGCCAUAGGCAAAUGAACACAUCCAGACCAGGUUGGAUGGGAGGGAGGGAUGCAGCAGUGCCAAGGGAUGCUCCAUCCUGUGGGAUGGAUCCUGAACACAGUAGGAGACCAGGAGAGGCACAGCAGCUCCUUGUAUUGAUGCAAAGGGAAGGGAGAGGAAAAGGAAUAACUCCUUGAGCUCAUUCCUCUGAGGAAGGGCGAAAUGAAACCAAGAGUGAUGCCUGGUCACUGGUCAACGCACAAGGUUGGGGGUUCUGGGUGUCAAAGAGGGACUCUUCAUCAGCGACUGUAGUGAUAGGACAAGGGGUGAUGGGUUCAAAGUGAAACAGGGGAAGUUCAGGUUGGAGACAAGGCAGAAGCUCUUCCCUGUGAGGGUGCUGAGGUGCUGGCACAGGGUGCCCAGAGAAGCUGUGGCUGCCCCAUCCCUGGCAGUGUUCAAGGCCAGGUUGGACACAGGGGCUUGGAGCAAGCUGCUCUAGUGGAAGGUGUCCCUGCCUGUGGCAGGGGUUGGAACUGGAGGAGCUUUAAGGUCCUUUCUAACCCAAAGCAUUCCAUGACUCCUGGUGCAGGAGUCUAACUCUGUUACUGCAUUCCCCUCCAGAAGUGUUGAUUGCCUUCCAGUCAUUACACAGCAGCAUCUCAGAGCCCACAUCCAUCCUCCCCUGAGGCCGUGGGUUACGUGCACCACGAUGGUUUGUGGUUCUUGUGGUCAUGUUUUCCUGCAUGAGCAGCAGAAGAGGGAAAAGAACAGCAGCACGAGCCGGGUAGCUUGGUGGUGUUGCGGGUUUUCCAUUGGUACAGCCCUUGGUGCUCAGUUUAGAAGCUCAGCCCACACCCUCAAGCUCUGCUUCAGUAGCUGGUAAAACAAGAGACCAGCAGCAAAGCUGAGACUGAGCCUUGUCCUGCAACCCUUGGUCUGUUGUCCAGGUUUCCCUUUGCUUUAGAGGGGAAAAGAAGAAUACACAGGAGCAGGAAGUGGUUGGACUGAGGCUGUUCCCAGUUUCUUAACUCCCCGUCACAGCUCCUGAAUGGCUCUAAAAGGAUGGGAAGAGUUUCCCACCUUAGCUCUGGAUUUGGGGAAGCAGCUCAGCCCUGGCAGAGGCAGGGAUCAGCACAGGGCUCCAUCCUUUAUCACAUAGGAAAGGGAGGAGAGGAUGGGAAGGUCAUUUGGAUGAGAGCAUCCACCAACACAGGAGGAUGUGGUGGUCCCAAGCCCUCUGCAAGCCACAGGGCCUGCAGAUGAAGAGCAAUGCCUGAGCACGGCCUUUCCUUUCCCCUGCUUGCCAUAAACCAGGCAUUCACCAACGCACAACACCCCAUUCCCUUCGGGCUCUGCCACCAAGUCAACACGAUGGGGAUCUGCUCCCAUGGCUGCCCUGAAUGAGGGGAGAAGCAGAGCUGAGCAAUGGAAAGCUUGGAGAAACAGGGAUCGAUUUGGUCCUUGGGAAUACACGUGAAGGAGAGGGUCGUGGUGGGACAGAAGCUGAUGGAGGAUGUCUUCUCCAAGGGCCUGGCUCUUCUCCCUUCUCUCCUGCACCGAAGGGCAGUGAGUUUGAAGUGUUCAAACCUAUAUAUUUUUGUACGUAUAUAGUCCUGCUACUCAUCAGC